CCAAGGAGCUCCACGCAAAUAUAGAACAGAAGGAACACUCCCUAUUCCAUAAAAAUUCUAAUAAAGUAAACAUCCUAAACCCCAAAAAGAGGAAAAAAACAAGAAGGUCAAAUAGACUGAACCAAAGCUUCAAAGGAGAACAAAAGGCUCAUGCUUAUGAAUAG